AAGCUGAUGCGCUGAGACAAAAGCACAUGCACCAUUAAUGAUCAACUCCAUGAAACUUCCAUCUCUCUAUCUCUUUGGUUUCAUUCCAAGCAGCUAUAUAAACCAAUGUCACAUACCUCAGUUUACAUCAACAAUAGACAUCAGAUAUCUACAAAUUAAAAUGAAGUUUUCUUACGGUACAAGGUUCGCUUUCUUGGCUCUCUUCCUCUUUGCGCUACAAUCUGUGUGCGUCUAUGCGGGUAGCUUCCACAAAGACGUUCAGAUACAUUGGGGUGAUGGCCGUGGAAAGAUUCACGACAAUGAAGGAAAACUUCUUUCUCUUUCCCUUGACAAAUCCUCCGGAUCCGGUUUUCAAUCCAAUCAAGAGUUUCUUUAUGGCAAAGCUGAGGUUCAAAUGAAGCUUGUCCCUGGUAACUCUGCUGGAACUGUCACAACUUUCUAUCUUAAAGCGCCUGGAACUAUGUGGGAUGAGAUCGAUUUCGAGUUCUUGGGAAACAUAAGUGGUCAUCCUGUUACACUUCAUACUAAUGUUUACACAAAAGGCACAGGAGACAAAGAACAACAGUUUCAUUUAUGGUUCGACCCAACCGCUGGCUUUCACACUUACUGCAUCACAUGGAAUCCCCAAAGGAUUAUCUUUACCGUAGAUGGCAUUCCAAUUAGAGAAUUCAGGAACUCUGAGCCUAUUGGAAUUCCAUUCCCAAAAGACCAACCAAUGAGAGUCUACGCGAGCCUUUGGGAGGCCGAGCAUUGGGCUACAAGAGGAGGAUUAGAGAAAACAGAUUGGUCCAAAGCUCCUUUUACUGCUUUCUAUAGAAAUUACAAUGUGGAAGGAUGUGUUUGGGCUAAUGGAAAAUCAUCUUGCCCGGCGAAUUCCCCAUGGUUCACUCAGAAACUGGACCAGAGCGGCAUAGAUAAAGUGAAAUGGGCGCAGAGUAAGUACAUGGUCUAUAACUAUUGCACCGAUACAAAGAGGUUUCCUAAAGGUGUUCCUAAAGUGUGCACUUAAACUAUUGAUUCUUUGAUUCGUCAAUAAGUUACUGGCAUUGUCUUUAUAAUUCAAAUGUUUUAUUUAUUCUGUUUCAUUCAUUUGUUUCUCAUGUACGUGUGUGUGCUGGUGUAUGUACAAGAUUUUUAAAUUAAAUAAGUGAAUAAUAAAUUAUGAAAACAAUGGUUUUCGUUACCUAAA